ACCAAAACUUUCUGAAACAAUGAAAACAUCAGUUUGUUCAAAUCGUAUCAGCCUCGUGUUGUACCUUACCCCAUGCAUUCAACUGUCACGCUUAAUUUGGUAAAUACCCAGUAUGCAUCAGCAUAAAGAAGCUUAGUGACAUUAUAGCUGAGCAGCAAAGUGACAUUAGCAGUGAUAUAACAGUUUACAAUGAAAAUGACAAAGAAAACAAAAUAUUUCCUAGCAGGGCUAGCAGUAAUACUUGGACUGAACUUUGCGUCGUAUUUACUAUUCGGUCCAAAAGAUGAAUCAAUCAAAACCCCUGAAAAGGUUCUCAGGGCCGACAGUUUAAGAUUCUCCGCAGGAAUAUGUAAAUCCAUAGUUCACAAGACAGUGUGUCUGGGUGCUCAGGAAUGCGGCUGGUGCACAAAUAAUGACACUCCAUUGUGUGUAGAAGGUACCAAAGAUGGAGCAGAAAAUCACCAUUGUUCUUCCUGGUGUUUCAGUCCCCAUGAUGCAAAUUGUCGCUCAUAUAAGAAGCUUAUUGUGUUUGGAAAUGGGCCGUCACUGAAAGGAUUUGACUUCUUCAAGACUAAAGGAGUGGAUACCUUAGGAAUGAACUUAGCCUUUAGAUACUGGAAACAGAUUGAUUGGUGGCCGACAUAUUAUGCAUCGUUUGAUACUGUUGUUAACAUUGCACACAUCCCGGAGCUAAUGGAUAUGAUUGAAAACUCUGAAAAACGUGGCAUGAAACUAUUUUUUACUCGAUCAAAUAUCGCUGAGGAAAAUCCGCAACUAAAAAAUCAUCCAAAAGUAAAAUUUUAUGAAAACAUUAAAGCAGCCAGUGACCAAAAUAUGGUAAAAGUGACUCGUGAGAUCUCGACAGGAGCUUUAGCUGCGAGGAUUGGACAAUACUUAGGAUAUGAGAAGAUUUUGCUCCUAGGAAUUGACAUGAAUUAUGUUGAAUACAUCAAUGGUUCAACACGCCAUAAAGGAGGGACACUUAUCAUGAAAGAAACCCCUAAAAACAACUCAAACUAUUUCUUUUCAAAUUACCAAGUGAAAGGUGAUGUGUAUAAUGUUCCAAACAAUGAGGUGGUUCACGUAACUGCAUUCAAGCAGAUUCUAGAGGACACCAAGAAACACCCAGAGUUCAAUGUAGAAUAUUUCAAUGGUAGUCCAGUGUCAAGACUAAAUGGAAUAGGAUACAAAUUCAUGAAAUUUGAAGACUUUAUGAAACUGUGAUAUACGGCUGAAAAAAAUGAGAAAAUUCAGUGACCUAAAUAAGUCCCUUAGUGCACUCUUUGUGAAAAUAUGAAAGAUGAAGACCAUAUAUAAAAUGGGUUAUUAUCUAUUCCUUAAAAUAACAUGUGACUCCAAUGAGGACUGCAUACAAAUUCCAAAAGUACACAUUUCCCUCAAAGAAUCUGCAAUGAUUUUGCAUUUAUUCUGAUAUUACUUUAUAAACUGAUUCAAUAAAGCUUUUGUAAAGAUUUUUCAUUAUUUUGUUUUGUACCAAAGCUGUUUUUCUGUAAACAGUAUUCUUUACAGAAUCGUCAAUCAAAAAACUCGACAGAGUAUUAAAAGA